AUGCAGGCAAGGUCGCACUCCAAUCACGCAGAGAAGCCUGCGGACUAUGUCUAUUUCGACAGGACCACGGCUGGCUUUUCCGACGAUGCGGUACCGCGAGCCAAAGCGGCCCAGCUCAAGCUCGAGCACUUUUACAAGGUCGCUGUCGAUGCUGCGAUAGAACGGAAUAACAGACGUGUUGAGCUCGAGCGCCGGCUGCAGGCAGACUCUCUUAUGCCGGACGAACGGAAACAGCGGCAGCUGCUUCAGCACGGCAAAAAGGAGUCUACAUUCCUGCGUCUUCGCAGGACGAAGCUUGGCUUGGACGACUUCAGGACAGUGAAGGUCAUCGGAAAGGGCGCGUUCGGAGAGGUCCGACUGGUCCAGAAGACCGACACAGGGAAGAUCUAUGCAAUGAAGACGUUGAAAAAGGAGGAGAUGUUGAAGAAGGAUCAGCUUGCUCACGUCCGUGCGGAGCGUGACGUCCUGGCGGAGUCAAACUCGGCGUGGGUAGUCCAGCUGUACUACUCCUUUCAAGACCCCGCAUACCUGUACCUCAUCAUGGAAUUCCUUCCCGGUGGCGACCUCAUGACCAUGCUCAUAAAGUACGACACAUUCUCGGAGGACGUGACCCGGUUUUACAUGGCAGAAUGCGUGCUUGCCAUCGAGGCGGUGCACAGUCUUGGCUUCAUUCAUCGAGAUAUCAAGCCCGACAACAUCCUGAUCGACAAGGACGGCCACAUCAAACUGUCCGACUUUGGCCUGUCGACCGGGUUUCACAAGAAUCACGACUCGAACUAUUACCAAAAAUUGCUCGAUCAGGCCAACGGCGCCACCUCUCCGACUUCGCAAGCGCAAGCCGCUAGAAACAGCGUCAUGGUCAACGCGAUCAAUCUAACGAUGACAAGCAAGGAUCAAAUUGCCACUUGGAAAGCCAACCGGCGGAAAUUGGCGUACUCUACCGUCGGAACGCCGGAUUACAUCGCGCCGGAGAUCUUUCUGCAGCAGGGCUAUGGCAACGAGUGCGACUACUGGUCGCUGGGGGCUAUCAUGUUUGAGUGUCUCGUCGGAUACCCUCCAUUCUGUUCGGAGACCACGCACGAGACGUACCAAAAGAUCAUCAACUGGGAAUACCACCUGGUCAUCCCAGACGAUGUCCACGUCAGUGAGGAGGCCGAGGAUCUCGUCAGAAGACUCAUCACAUCAGCCGACCGACGCCUGAGCGUGGAGCACAUCAAGAAACACCCCUUCUUCUACGGCGUAGACUGGGAGGCCAUCCGGCUGAUCGACGCCCCCUUCGUCCCCCGACUUCGCUCCAUCACGGACACGUCGUACUUCCCGACCGACGAGCUCGAGCAGGCCCCAGAGGAGCCCGCGGGGCCCGACAACAGCGGCGCCAACAAGGAUCUGGCUUUCUUGGGGUACACGUUCAAGCGGUUUACCAUCUCAUCACCCGCUUUCUAAUCUCUAGGCGUUCGGAAACGGCUCCGGCAGCUGGCCUGCGAAACUUAAUCUGCGUGAUACUCAUCAUAUCGUGCAAUGGAUACUACUCACAAUACCUGCUCCGGCGACGCCGGUGUCGCAUAGACGCACUUACACAAGGCAUGCACGACGUUACCCCUCAUUUUUUUUCAACUGCCUUUGCAGUCGGUCUUUCCUAUAUCUAAUACACAAGCGAGAUCUGCGAAGCAUGAGUACUAGUCAGUCAGUCGCUGGCCGUUAUUGUAGAGUACAAACUGUAAAUUUAAAAUACACAGAAGGCGUCGACAGUCGUGUAUCGUCGCCGUG